CUUUUUUUUUUUUCUUUUUUCUUUCUUUCCGGUUUUAUAUAAAAAUAAAAAAAAUUUUUUUUUCUUUCUUAUUGUUUUAUAUUCACAAUAUAUCAAGAUAUUUUACAAGAUGACGGAUCUAUUACAAUCAUCUACAAGAAGAUCACCUACAAGAGAUGAACAAGUUCGUGAAUCCAAGAAACAGAAACGUACAUCUGUAUCAACAGCACCAUCACCUCCAAGAACACCACCUCAAGAAAAUACUACUACUGAAAAUGUGCCAAGAUUAAUAUCUCAAGGUGAAUUUGAAUCUGAUCGUCAUUUUUAUCCUCGUGUUUUAAAUGCACAAAUUCAUCCUUUGGUUCAAUCUUUUUUUUCACUUGGAAAUGACCGAAUCAUUGCCCGUUAUACCCAUUUGAAUCCUCAAGUCAAACCUGAUCAUCUUAAAGAAUUAUUAUCUUAUCAACCAAUUCAUUUCCAAUGGGCAGGAUCUGAUUUAUUCAAUGUAACAACAGCUUCUGGUCAACGACAAAUGAUUGUUAUAGAAACAAAUUCUUGUCCUUCUGGUCAAAAAUCAAUGCCUCUUUUAUCAGAAACGGAUGAACACAAUGAACAAGGUGGUUAUCGAUUGGUGAUUGAAACUGCAUUCCAACAACAACUUUCAAAAGCAGACCGAUCAUUGGGUGGAUUGGCGGUAAUUUACGACAAAAAUUUGAUGGAAUCCUCUGGUUAUGCUUCCGUAUUAGCUGAUGUAUCUCAAGAAGAUGUUUGGUUGGUGGAAUGGAACGUUGAUGAUCCUGAUCCAAAUGUGAAAUGGGUAGAUCGUGUUCUUUAUGUACGUGAUUUGGUAGAUCGUGAAUGGCAUCCUAUUCGUGCUUGCUUCCGUUAUUUGACUCAAAAACCCUGGAAUCGUUUCCCUCUCAAGACCAAAACCAUUGUCAUGAAUCAAAUCAUCAGCUGUCUAGCAGGCGGCCGAAACAAAAUGAUGGCUGCUCGGGCCUAUGAUUUUUACAAUUCCGAACUUGUCGACACUGGUUUGAAUAUCCGUACACCUGAAACGAUCAAUAAUGUGACUAUUGGAGAAAUCCCUCUUUGGAUCCAGUCAAUGGGAGGACAUGCUGUCUUGAAAGUUCCUUAUAGUAAUGCCGGUCAAGGUGUUUAUACCAUCACGAAUGAUGAUGAAUUGGAUAACUUUAUCAAGCAAGAUCAUCACUAUGACAAGUUUAUUGUUCAAUCUUUGGUUGGAAAUGCUUCUUGGUCAAGUGUUACACGAAGUGGGAAGUUUUAUCAUGUUGGUACCAUCCCGAAUAAGAAGAGUAAUACCUUUGUUAGUGAUUUAAGGAUGAUGGUGACUGGUAGUGCUCAAGGAUUUCGACCUAUUUGUAUCUAUGGCAGGAAAGCUCGACUUCCAUUAGCAUCAAGUUUGGAUCCACAUGCUGAUACAUGGGAUAUGUUGGGUACAAACUUAUCGGUGAAAUUACCUGAUGGUGGCUGGACAACAGAUACCUCAAGAUUGAUACUAAUGGACCGAAAAGAUUUCAAUCAAUUGGGUUUGGGAAUAGAUGAUUUGAUCGAUGCUUAUAUUCAAACGGUAUUGGCAGUUAUAGCUAUUGAUCGUAUGGCUACUCGAUUGAUGAAGAACGGCAAAUUUGAUUAUCGACUUUUCCAAAGCUUGAAUCCUGACAACGCUUUACUACAUGAAAUUAAGGAAGCAAACGAAGAUUUUUGA